UUACCUAGCUCUCUCCAGCUCCCACUUGAAGAACAGUCUCAACCUUCAAACAAGAACCUGAAAAUACAAUAAUGGCGUGGUUGGUGUCGUUGAGGAUUCUUUUGAUUUCGAGCGGCGUUGUGGCUUUGGCUUUGGCCAUGAAGCUCUACGUUCCCUUGGUGUUUGAGUUCGCCAUGUCAAACCUUCCUCUGAUGUGGAACUCAUGCAAAUCCUUGCUCCGCCCGCCGUAUCUCUACGUCGUCAUCAACGCCAUCAUCAUCACCAUUGCUGCCUCCUCAAUGUUCCACCACGAUCGGCCUCAGGCAAAGCUUCCUUCCCCGGAGUCUGAAUCAACCCCGCCGUCGAUUGUCUACCAACACAGAGAAGAUCAUGAUGUGGCGCCGCCAGUGGUGUACAAGCAUAUACAAGAGGAUGUGGCGCCACUGGUGGUGUCGUACGAGCACAGAGAAGAGGACAUGGCGGCGCCACCGGUUGUGUACGACCACACAGAGGCGGCUGUGGUUAAAGAGGUGACGUCUGUUGUACUAGUCAACAACCUUGAAGAGCCUGUGGCUCAAGUUGAUCUAGAUCUUGAGGACGAGGGGGUCUCGAAAGCGACGUGGACGAUGCCAAAGAAUGCUACUAAGUUUGAUGAUAUUGUUCUGUCGGCGGAGAAGCCUCUAGUCUCUACCAGAUUUAGUCACCGGAAACCGGCUAGAUUCACCCCUGAAGGUGGGAGGCCGUUACGAGUGUCCAAGGCGCCCAAAAGGCACGACACGCUGGAGAACACAUGGAAAACGAUAACGGAGGGCCGUCCGAUUCCGCUGAGCCGGCACAUGAGGAAGAGCGACCCGUUUGAUCAUCCUGGCCGGGGAGGAGGAUUCAACGUUGACGUUGAGGUGGACGACGAGACGUCAGCUGCAGUGCACAAGUCAAAGACGUUUAAGGACCUGACGAACCAGCAGAAGGUGAUGACGCUGGCAGCUGUGAGUUCGUCGUCGCCGGCAGGGAUUAAGCUGAGGAAAGAGCCGUCGCUGAGUCAGGACGAGUUGAACCGGCGAGUCGAGGCGUUUAUACACAAGUUCAAUGAAGACAUGAGGUUGCAGAGACAAGAGUCGCUGAAUCAGUUCAUGGAGAUGAUAAACCGUGGAAGCCAUUAGUCAAGUUCCAUAUUUAUAGUGGGUACAUAUAUAUAUGCACCAAAUUUGAUUUUCUAAUUUAGGUACAGGUAGUGAAUUUUUCAAUUUUCAUUGAAAUUUAAGUUUUUCACAGAAAAGAGAAAAAAAAAAAGAAGAAGAAGAAGAAGGGGUUAAGGCUUAGGUUGUAGAUACAAAAUUACAACUAGCUAGCCGGUAGUUAAGAUUUUUGGAUUGGUUUUUGAGUCAAAGUUCGUUUCGGUUAUGAUCACAGAAAAGAAAAUACAUGUCAGCCUGUAAUGUACAUGAAGAAAUUAUAUUUACUGCCUUGCUGAUUGUAAUUUAUCGUACAAUCAAUUGAUAUU